AUGCGUGGUCUGAUUGAGCGAAUCACGGAAGACCUAAGAGAUAUCGAAGUGUUUCUCCCCAUAAAAAUAUCGACUAGAAGAGGUGAAAGAAUGCGCGAGUUCCUUACGGUGGAGCUUAAAUCAUUGAAGCAAUACGAACGGUAUUUUCAGCGUUUGAACCAGGAGAGCCAAGUGGACUACCUGCUCAUCAAAAAUUACAUGGAGGGCGAACUCCGACAGUUGGACCUCGAUAGCAAACAAGACGAGAAGGCAUCUUCGCUGAUUCCAUUCGCGACUAUAUUGGUUGAUCUUUGUGAGGCCAGGGCCCUAGUUCUACCAAUGAAUUCCCAGGAUGCUGCCCAGAAGUUGUUUGAGGUCCAGGUUGAAAUUGCCAAAAUCAUUGGAAAGGUUGAAAAUGAAUACACCAUGCAGCGGAUUGAAAAAACUGUGGCAUUCCGCGCGUCGCGCACCAUCGAUGCCCUGCGUGACCAUUUGAAGGAAUGGUAUCUAUUUUACAAAGGAUACGAUCCAUCCUUUGAUUGGUGGGUGUCAAAUCCGUACAGUAUCGUGGAAAGAAGUCUGAAAAGUAUUUCCGCAAUUAUUCGCGAUCGCCUUGUCGGAAUUAAGGCAAAAGAUGAUGGCGCAAUUGUUGGCCAGCCCAUUGGGCGAGAGGGACUUCUUGCUGAUCUUCAAGCGGAGAUGAUUCCUUACACCCCCGAGGAAAUCAUCUUGAUUGGCGAGAAAGAAUUUGACUGGUGUAUUGUGGAAUUGAAGAAAGCCUCGAGCUGUAUGGGGCUAAACAGCGACUGGAGACAGGCCCUUGAAAAGGUCAAGAAUGACUAUGUCGAGGCCGGGAAACAAACACAAUUAGUCAAAGAGCUUUUCCAUGAGGCUGUUGCCUUUGUUGAAAAAUAUGAUCUUGUCACAGUUCCAUGUGUGGCCAAAAAUGCCUGGAAAAUGUUCAUGAUGUCGCCAGAGCGACAGAGAAUAAAUCCAUUCUUCCUCGGUGGAGAUUCAAUCAUCGUAUCAUACCCGACUGAUACAAUGGACCACGAGGCGAAAAUGAUGAGCAUGCGAGGUAACAACAUUCACUUCGCGCGUGCGACAGUCUUCCAUGAAAUGAUACCGGGGCAUCACUUGCAGAUGCAUGUCAAUGCCAGAUCUAAGCCUUAUCGACGCAUUUUUGACAGCCCAUUCUCAGUGGAAGGCUGGGCCCUUUACUGGGAAUUUCUGCUCUGGGACGACGAAAGGUUCGAGAAAUCGCCCGAAAAUCGAAUUGGAAUGCUUUUUUGGCGGCUUCAUCGAUGCGCCCGCAUUAUAUUCUCGAUUAAAUUCCACCUUGGUCAGAUGGCGCCUCAAGAGUGCAUAGAUUUGCUUGUGAAUGCGGUUGGGCAUGAACGCGCAACGGCCGAAGGAGAAGUCAGGCGAUCUCUGAGUGGUGAAUAUUCACCACUCUAUCAGAUUGGCUACAUGGUGGGCGCAAUACAGAUUCACGCUAUGCGAAAAGAGGUCGUGGGCCAAGGUAUAAUGAGUGAAAAAGUAUUCCAUGACACGUUCUUGAAUGAGAAUCGGAUGCCAAACGAGAUCAUGAGGGCAUUGAUGCUGGGCAAAGAAUUAAAUCCUAAUUACAAGCCGAACUGGAGAUUUUAUCCUGAUGUGAAAUAA